UGACCGUCGGCCAUUUCCAUGUCUGGAACGCUCACCGCCCACUGGAGGUUUAAAGGGUCGCCCCCGUGCCCCCGUCAUCGAAGCAGUGAAGCACCAAAGCAGCCAAGCCCGAACUCCGUCACCGCGCAAUGGCCGUCACCGCGAGCUCCGUCCACGGAAAUUCUACCGUUCCCCGCUCGUCCUUCCAUGGACUCCGGAUGCCGCUGAGAUUGGAGAAAUCCCGGCUGAGCCCCUCCGCGAUGCGGUCACCGCCCUGCCGUGCCGUCUCUUGUACUCUCGCCCGCGAGCCGGCCGCCGUCAAGACGGAGGAGAGCCGGGCCGGCGCGGCCCCGCGGCCGGAUUCGUUCGGCAGAUUCGGGCAGUUCGGGGGGAAGUACGUGCCGGAAACCCUAAUGCACGCCCUGGCCGAGCUCGAGGUCGCCUUCCGGUCUCUCUCCCAGGACGAGGAUUUCCAGAAAGAAUUGGCCGGGAUCCUUAAAGACUAUGUUGGUCGGGAGAGCCCACUCUACUUUGCAGAACGACUAACAGAACAUUACAAACGGUCUAACGGUGAGGGUCCACACAUAUACCUAAAACGGGAAGAUCUCAACCACACUGGGGCCCACAAGAUAAACAAUGCAGUUGCACAAGCUUUACUUGCAAAGCGUUUAGGAAAGAAACGAAUUAUAGCUGAAACAGGAGCUGGUCAGCAUGGAGUUGCGACUGCUACAGUAUGUGCAAGAUUUGGAAUGCAGUGUAUCGUUUACAUGGGUGCUCAGGAUAUGGAGAGGCAGGCCCUAAAUGUUUUCAGAAUGAGGCUUCUUGGAGCAGAGGUCAGAGGAGUUCAUUCUGGGACUGCAACUCUGAAGGAUGCUACUUCUGAGGCCAUACGAGAUUGGGUGACUAAUGUUGAGUCAACCCAUUAUAUUUUGGGGUCAGUUGCUGGUCCUCAUCCAUAUCCAAUGAUGGUGAGGGAUUUCCAUGCAGUGAUUGGUAAGGAAACGAGAAGACAGGCAAUGGAAAAAUGGGGUGGAAAGCCAGAUGUUCUAGUUGCCUGUGUUGGCGGGGGUUCAAAUGCAAUGGGACUCUUCCAUGAGUUUGUUGACGACUCAGAUGUAAGAUUGAUUGGUGUGGAGGCUGCAGGACAUGGAUUGAACAGUGGUAAGCAUGCUGCAACCUUAACAAAAGGAGAAGUCGGCGUACUGCAUGGAGCAAUGAGCUAUUUGUUGCAAGAUGAUGAUGGACAAAUAAUUGAGCCACAUUCUAUUAGUGCUGGGUUGGACUACCCUGGUGUUGGACCAGAGCACAGCUUUCUGAAAGAUACUGGACGUGCUGAAUACUAUAGCAUCACUGAUCAAGAGGCCUUGGAAGCUUUCAAGCGCGUGUCACAAUUGGAGGGUAUCAUUCCAGCUCUAGAGACUUCGCAUGCUUUGGCCUUCCUGGAAAUGCUCUGCCCGACCCUUCCUGAUGGAGCUAAGGUGGUUCUCAGUUUCAGUGGAAGAGGGGACAAGGACGUCCAUACUGCUGCAAAACACCUUCAGCUCUAAUCAUCCAAUCUCAGAGCUUGCAUUGAACAGAAAUAAAAACCUUGUUGGAAGUUUUGUUCAGGUCUACAAUAUGCCUUGUUAUUCACCAAAUAUUUUAUGAUGUUUCGCUUUAUUUGAGCAGUUAUCAAUGAUCGAAUAAAGUGUGACCUUAAGGAAAAAACGCAUCUAAGCAUGUUGUAUUAUUCUUUAAUGUUACCUAAUUAUAUUCAAGUUAUAUUGUUAUCAUAAUGUUUUCUGGA